CCCAAGCUUUGUUUCUCUCUCAUUCUGUUUUUUCUUUUUCUCUCUCAAAAAAUCAAAAAUGUUUCUUCAGAUUUUUCAAUUCACUCCUCAUUUUCCAAUUAAAGGUUAUUCUGAAUUUUUGAUACCUGAAUGGAGGUGAAUAGCCAAAAUAGGUGGAGUUCCUGAGAUUAUAAAUCUAGUUCUGUAUAUUAGUACUGGGGCAUGAUGGGAGUUGAAACGGUGACGGAGUCGUUUUUCAAUUUGUGGAGAUCAACUUCUCGGAAGAGCUCUGCUUCAGAGCCCGAAAGGAAGCAUGUGAUAGGAAUUCUUGCAUUGGAAAUCGCGACUUUGAUGUCUAAGGUGGUUAACUUGUGGCAGUGUCUCAGUGAAAGGCGAAUCGACAAGUUAAGAGAAGAAAUCUCGAGUUCACUCGGGAUUCAAAAGCUCGUUGCUGAAGACGACGAAUAUCUUAUGGAUCUUGCUAUUGCGGAAAUAAUCGACAAUUUGGGAUGUCUGACGAAAUCAUUGGCUACGCUUGGUAAGAGGUGUGCUGAUCCAGUUUAUCACGAUCUCCAACGGAUUUUUGAAGAUCCGGUUGAAAUUGAAAUCAAUGGGUGUGCGUGGAGAUAUAGGGUUAAGAAAAUGGAGCGGAAGGUUAAGAAAAUGGAGAGAUUUGUUGCAGCCACGACUCAAUUGUAUUCGGAGCUCGAAGUGCUCGCAGAGCUCGAGCAAACGUUGAGGCGGAUGCAGGCCGGUGCUAGUUCCGGUCAGAUGAAAUUGCUCGAGUUUAGGCAAAAGGUAAUAUGGCAACGGGAAGAAGUAAAAAAUCUCAGAGAAAUGUCUCCUUGGGUUAGAACAUAUGACUAUACUGUUCGGCUUUUGCUACGAUCCAUUUUCACAAUAAUCAUGAGGAUUAAGUACCUAUUCGGGACAAAUCAAACGGGAGUUGCCGGAGAAAGCAACCAUUUUGAUCGCAGCCGGUCCAUCUCUGCGCUUAAUCUGUCGUCUGUUUAUCCAUCAGAA